GGGCCCCAGGCCCCCCUCAGCCGGAGCCGGUGGGGUCGGGAUGCGGCCGUGGGAGAGGUGCCUCCGGCAGGAGAAGGGCUUCGUACUGGACGGCGUGGCGGUGAGCAGCAUGGAGCAGACCUAUGCCCAGGCCUUGCCCAAAUUGUGGGCCGCCAUCCCACCCUACAACGCUCAACUGGACGCCCACGCCCGCUCCUAUUUCCGCAACCCCACCGUCAAGGCCGUGCUGAGGAAGACCGACCAGCUCCACGGUGGCACCUGCCGAGAUGGCUGGGUGGUGGAUUAUUUUCACAUCUACGGGCCCGGGCAGAGGUAUCUAAACAGGAGAAACUGGGCAGGAGCGGGGCACUCCCUCCAGCAGGUCGUGGGGCACGGCCUCUUCCAGGCGGAUCUCAAGCCCUGCCAUGGCUACAACGGGCGCUUCGGCUACCGACGCAACACCCCUGCCCUCCGCCAGCGCACCUCCGACUUCGGGGAGGUGACCAUAUUCCCCCUCUUCUAACCAGACCCUUCCUCUCCCCCGGUCCUCGCAAGAAGGCAGAAGGUACAAUAAACCCUUUUUUCUUCCA